AUGACAACAUAUGAGAAAAUUGUCAAGGGUGCUACUAAGGUCAAGGUAGCAGCCCCGAAGCCUAAGUAUAUUGAACCAAUUCUAAUGAGUACCCUGAUAGACCAUUCUGUAGAAGCAGAAAAUUUUACUACUAUAAUGAGAGCUUUACGAGGUAGACUCCAAGACAGUGCGUGGUCAGUUGUAUAUAAGCUGUUAAUUGUUAUUCAUAUUAUGAUCAGAGAAGGUGAUCGAGAUGUUACUUUGGAUUAUCUCGUUAAUAAGGAUCCUAAUAUGCUUAAUUUAUCUCACUCAAACAUUACCAAAAACCAUAAUCACAAUCCAGACGUUCGAUUUAUUGUUAAAUAUGCUAAAUACUUGCAUACUAGAGUUAGACAGUAUGAAUCAACCAGAAUUGACUACGUGAGAGACGAACGUGCUAAUAAUAGCACUGGACAAGACGGGGGGAGAUUACGUACUUUGACCAUCGAAAAAGGCUUAUUAAGAGAAUGUGAAAGUGUACAGAAGCAAAUUGAUGCAUUGUUGAAGAAUAACUUUAUGGAGAACGAAAUCAAUAAUGAUAUUGUUUUAACUGCAUUUAGAAUGCUUGUCAAUGACUUGUUAGCAUUGUUUCAAGAAUUAAAUGAAGGUGUUAUUAAUAUUUUAGAACAUUAUUUUGAGACUUCAAAGGUCGAUGCCGAAAGAGCGCUCAAAAUUUAUAAGAAGUUUGUAGAUCAGACCAAGUAUGUUAUUGAUUAUUUGAGAGUUGCCAAACAUCUUGAGUAUGCAACAAAAUUGCAUGUUCCAACGAUCAAGCAUGCGCCUACAGCAUUAACCUCAUCUUUGGAAGAAUAUUUGGAUGAUCCAAACUUUGAAGUAAAUAGACGGCAAUAUUUGGAUGGGAAGCUGGUGGAGUCAAAAGAGAAUUCUGGAGGUCUCUCUGCGAAACACUCGCAAUCACAGCAAGCUGCUCCCAAGCAAGAUGUUCAACAUCAGCAGCAAGUUCCUCAACAACAAUUUCAACCUCAACAAGGGGCUACUUCAGAUUUACAGAGAGCUAAUUCAUUGAUCGUUCAACAAUCUACAUUUAAUCCUUGGGGUUCAAACUUGCAACCACAAGUUCAGAUGUUGCCACAAGUUACCUUACCAUCUGGGACAUCUUUUACUACAUUGCCAGCGAUUUCACAGGGUCAGACAUAUCAAUAUAAUGGGGCUCAACAGCAACCACUGCAACAACAAAAUGGUUUAACUUCUAAUUAUACCGGUACUGGUUUUGGUGGUUAUGGAUCACAAAUCCAACUGCAAACUACAGGUAGCAACCCUUUCUUACAAAAUACUGAUACAAAUCGAACUCAAUCCUUCAAUGGUUUCAAUUCUCAACAGCAACAGCAGCAGCAAGAACAGCAACAAUAUCAACAACAACAAGAGCAGCAACAGCAACAGCAAAUUCAGCAACAACAACUUCAGCAACAACAACUUCAACAACAACAACUUCAACAACAACAACUUCAGCAACAACAACUUCAACAACAACAAAGUGUGCAUUCUGGAUUAUCGAGGGCCAAUACUAAUCCAUUUUCGAAUUUAAGUUCAUCUCUGACAACUCAACAAUUACAUUCCACAAAUACUGGUUCAAACCCAUUUUUCAAUACCAGAUUUUCACAAAAUAGUUCUACUACACCAUUGUCAUUCGUUAAUGACAAACCACAACAAGUUACAAGCACAUCCACAGGGUCUAACCCAUUCAAGGUUUCUGAAACAACAAGCAGCCUCUUUAAUAAUGUAAGUAAUCAGCCCCAGCCACAAUUGAAACCACAACCAACUGCAGGUGGGUUAGAAAAUUUACCUACUAUUCCCGUUUUUCCAGACACCCAGCAGGAAUCUCAGAAACAAUUUUACUUGAAUAAUGCAAGAAUGGAAUUGCAACAACAAAUGACUAACAACCAACAAUUUCCUCAACAGCAACAGCAACAAUGGAAUCAACCACCACAAUUUCAACAAAUGCAACCCCAGCAUACUCAAAACUAUCCACAACCACCACAAACUUCAAUGUACAAUAAUUAUGAAGGACCAAGUUUAAUUUAA